UUGAUUUUUAGCUAGACUGUUUUAGUCCCUUACAGAGAUGAGACCGAUUUGCUUAUGAAAACAGAAGAUCAGAUUUAAAGGAAAAGCCACGGUGGUGCCCAUGCUUUGCCUGGUGCUCCUUGUGCUGUGCCUGAGCCGCUCAGAUGUGAAUGCCUUCAGUUCAAUUGCUGAAAAUGAGGAUGCACUCCUUAAGCACUUAUUUGAAGGCUAUCAGAAAUGGGUCCGCCCUGUAGAAAACUCCAAUGACACCAUCAAAGUCCUUUUUGGGUUAAAGAUAUCACAGCUUGUGGAUGUGGAUGAGAAGAACCAGCUGAUGACAACCAACGUGUGGCUGAAACAGGAAUGGAUCGACCACAAACUCUCCUGGAAUCCAGAUGAAUACGGUGGCAUCACUGCUAUCCGGGUCCCCUCUGAGUCUCUGUGGCUUCCAGACAUUGUUUUGUUUGAAAAUGCUGACGGACGUUUUGAGGGAUCCCUGAUGACCAAAGCCAUAGUGAAGUACAAUGGAGUGGUGACCUGGACACCACCGGCCAGUUAUAAGAGCUCCUGCACAAUGGAUGUGACCUUCUUCCCCUUCGACAGGCAGAACUGCUCCAUGAAGUUUGGGUCGUGGACAUACGAUGGCAAUAUGGUGGACUUGAUUUUAGUGGAUGAAAAUGUAGACAGGAAAGACUUCUUUGAUAAUGGGGAGUGGGAGAUCUUAAAUGCCAAAGGUAUGAAAGGCAACAGGAGGGAUGGGCUGUACUCCUACCCGUUUGUCACUUACUCCUUUGUGUUGAGGCGCCUUCCAUUGUUUUACACUCUUUUCUUAAUAAUCCCUUGCCUGGGCUUGUCUUUUCUAACUGUCCUGGUGUUUUACCUACCUUCAGAUGAAGGAGAAAAGCUUUCAUUGUCGACAUCAGUUCUAGUCUCCCUCACUGUUUUCCUUUUAGUGAUUGAGGAAAUAAUCCCUUCUUCUUCCAAAGUCAUCCCUCUGAUCGGUGAGUAUCUGCUCUUCAUCAUGAUCUUUGUGACCCUCUCCAUCAUCGUGACUGUGUUUGUUAUCAAUGUCCACCACCGAUCCUCAGCAACUUACCACCCCAUGGCUCCCUGGGUUAAAAGGCUCUUUCUCCAGAAGUUGCCUCGUCUGCUCUGCAUGAAGGGCCAUGUAGAUCGCUACUCAUUCUCAGAGACUGAAGAAAAGGGAACCACCUCAAAAUCAAAGUUUCUGGGGAAGCAGAAGUACAAGCAAGCAAAAGAUGGAGAAAAAAUUGUCAUUGCUUUUCUGGAAAAGGCAGCUGACUCCAUUCGAUACAUUUCCAGGCACGUUAAAAAGGAGCACUUCAUCAGACAGGUUGUACAAGACUGGAAAUUUGUAGCUCAAGUCCUGGAUCGGAUCUUCCUGUGGUUAUUUCUGGUGGUGUCAGUGACAGGUUCAGUUCUCAUCUUUACCCCUGCAUUACGGAUGUGGUUGAACAACACUUUGUAGAAAACACUCCUGCAGUAACAUACAGCAAGUACAGAGCCAAGGGAUGGUGGUGCCUUGGAGCUUGGCCUCUGCUGUACAAGAGAGGAAGCAGCAGCAAGAAGGAGGAAUGUGAUGGUAACAGUGGGCAUUUAUCAGGGCUUUUAAUCCUCACAACUCUACCAGUUAUAGAUUUUGCUGAAAUCAGAGAAGACCUUGGUGCACAGCCAAGGCCUAAAGUGAACUGGGGUUCACAACUGGGUUAUAAUUAUUUUGUUGUUAGCUUGGUUGUAUUACUAUAAAAGCCAAGAUUAUUAGUUAAAAUUGGAAAUAGAAGAUCUUGCAAAAUCAUUAUACUUAAAAGGUAUAUCUGCCUGUAAAAAUGCUACAUUAUAAAUGAAGUUACAGUAGGAACUCAAGUCUCUACUCAGUUCAUCUGUGUUUCCAAGUAAAAACCACUAAGUGUCUACAGGUUGCUUUAUGCGUAUGUCAGAACUGGCAAUUGCAUAGCACGUGCAUCAGAAAAAGUAUAAAUUCUUCUUAGAUGGGAUGCUCAAAACCUUGACUCUCUAGCCUCACCUUGCAGGAUCAGCUCGACAGGGGCAGAAUCUGCCACUGUCCACCCGCUACCAGCCUUUAUGAUGUGCGCACUUGGUCUCUCACCUCAGCCAUCAGGUAUUGCCCAAUACAAGGUAUUGCCCACUUUUCAGAAUUAUUUGCAAUUUUGCUUGCUGCUGUGCAAUGUACCAGAAGGCUGGCAAAGUGAUGAUUUUUCCCCAUGCUGCACAUUUAGAAACGAUUAUUCCUUCACCUGCUUUUUCACAAGUGGAAUAUCACCUAAGUGAAGGUGGCUAUGCUCCUCCAUAGGGUAACAGUGAUAUUCCUGAAGUGUUCAGCUGGAGGGAAGCUGCAGACAUCUCUUUUGGCAGACGAAAGUUGUGGUUGUUGCAGGAAUGGGAUUUCUCUUGAGAGCUGUGGGGUGGGCUGGUCAUCAGGAAGAUACAUUUUUGGAUGUUGGCUUGUCCGUGUUUCCUAGGCAAUUCAGAAUUUCAUUCCUUUGAUUCUUUUACUAGAGGAUCCUUUUGCAUGAUUAGAAGCAGCUCUUAAAAGUGUUAAAUAAGUGAGAUGUGACAGAAAACCCCCAGGUGAAACUCUUAAACACAGGAAUAAAGCUCUCACCACUUUUGCUGGGGCAGUAUUUUCCAGCAUGGUGUGCUUUAGAAAAUCCUAUUCAGAACUUGCAAAUGUUUUCAAGGUUAGCAAGGGAUUUGGAGAUCCAAUUUUUGACAAUCUAAAUAUGUGUUAAAGUUUUAGCUAGCCUUGAAACCGUCUCCCUAGAGAUGGAGGUUAGAAAGUGUUAAAAAUACAGAGAGGUGUUGUGCUUGGAUUGUGCAUGCCACACCAGACCCCCAUGAGUUAAUGU